CUGCUAUUGUUUGCACUUUCCUCCACAACGUUUAUAUCACAGCUCCAUUUAGUGAUAUAAAUCGCUGUCCAUCGCAAUCUUCAUUGUUAAUAGGGUCAUAACCAGAGAUUGUUUUGAUCUGAUCAGUUUCUGAUUCAUCUCAGGUCCAAUACUUUUAUUUUUGUUAUAUAACUUUUGGUGUCAUCAGGAGAUGAAUAAAAUAUACUCAGCUUUUAUAAAAUUCCCGAAGAUCUUGAAAAUUUUAUUGUUUUUGAUAUUAACAGUAGUUUUAUUGAUUUACUUUAAUUUCAAAGAUCUAAACAAUUUCAAUAUAGAGGCUGACUAUUUGCGCUAUUCUCUACCAAGCACUCUAUCAAAUUCGGUUUCCAGUAGUGAAAAUAGUGAGAAUAAUAAUGAGAAUAAUAAUGAAAAUACCAACGAAAAUAAUAAUAAAAAUGAUAAAAACCAUGAGUACAGUGAAUAUAAUGAGUUCGAUGUAUACAAUCAUGAUAUAAACUUCCACAGUUUAAAUUACUUUCAUAAACAAAAACUCAUUCCUUCUUUAACCAUAAAUGAGACAAAAGGUUUCGAUAAAAGCUCAAUAAGAUAUAUUCCAUCAAUAGCAAUAAAUCAUCUAUAUCAAAAGGCCUUGAAUUCCAAUGAAGACAUAAUCUGGUCAAAUUUUGCAUAUGUUCAGUAUGCAACCAAUAUCCAAUAUUUAUGUAGCUGUUUAAUGAAUUUCGUUAGUUUGAGAAAAUUCAACGCCAAAGCUGAUCUAGUCUUGUUAUACAACCUACCGUAUCAGAUCAAUGAUGACGAUAUUACUGGUGUUGAUGAGUUGUUUGAAAACAAAAAAAGUAAAACAAGAAAAGCAACGGAAGAUCUAUUUGAAGAUUUUAAAAAUCUCAAUGUUAUUCUUAAAAAUGUUGAUCUAUUAUCCUUUCCUGGAGACGAUAGUACCUGGCAGGAUGGUUUCACCAAGUUUCAAGUGUUUAACCUACUCCAAUAUGACAAAAUUGUUCACCUCGAUAGUGAUGCCUUGAUUUUGAAUAAUAUGGAUGAGUUAUUUUUUCUCCCUGAGUCACAACUAUCGAUACCCCUUUGCCCCAAUGCUUCAUAUAAUAAAUUUUUACAAGACGAUGGUUUGAUCAAUUAUACAGACCACUACAAUAAAGGUCUCAAAAACAAUUCUAAAAUAGCGAUUCCUCAAACAUCUGAUGAAAACGAAUCAUUUUAUAGAUCCUCAAUAAUUGAAAAUUCAGUCAGACAAUUGAUCAAGUACAAUAAAAAAAAUAAUCUAAAAACAUUUGAUUAUAAAGGUUAUUCAACCAUAUUGUACAACAAUUUACCAUCAUUUAGCCAUGGAAACUUAAAUAACUACGAAUUGUGUGAUCAGUUUUUUGUGCUCAAACCUUCAACUCAAGUUUUUAGUGACCUACUCAAUUUAACUAAUGAAAAAGAUCCAAAUGAUUACGACAUGGACAUCUUCAAUAAAUUGUGGAAUUUUAACGAUAUAAUUAAAAGAGAAAAUUCAAACUUUUUAGAAAAUGCAAACAGUAAAUUUAAUAUCCCAGAAUUAUUGAUUAUACCGCAUAAAAGUUACGGUGUUUAUACUGGAGAAUUUAGAAAUGCUGAGAACUAUCAUGACCCAAUGUUAGCUGAUCCUCAACAUAUACCUUUAUUAGCAUUUUACCAAAAAUUACAUACCGAAAAUGAUAAUGGUGACAGUAAAAGCCAUUCCAGCUUCAAAGGAGCUUAUUGGACCACCUCUAAGUUUUGGAACGCCAAAUCAUUUUAUCAAAAUAUUAAGUCUAUACACUUUUCAGAUUGGCCAGUACCCAAACCUUGGAUAGAACAUGUUCCAAAUCAGGAUUAUAUUAAAGCAAAGGUUUUAUGUCCCAAUAACCAAAAGGAACUAAAAAAAUAUUAUGAUAAGGUUGUUAAGCCCACUAUAAUUGAUGAUUGUGAGUCUAGUAAACUUUGGAAUUUUUUUUAUGAACACUUCAAAUCAGAAAGAGAAAACAUUUGCGAAUUACCUUUAAUGAAAAAAUAACGAUUUUCUCUCCUUUUGUAUAUCCAAUUUUUUUUU